CAGGAACCGAACCGGCUCUGCAGCGCCCACAUCAAAGUCACUUCCACUCACUCCAUCGACCUUGACUUCCCCGUCGCAUCAGUUUGUCGCACAACGAAUCCAUCGCCUCUACCUAUAUCCAUCCGACUGCAUUGCAUAUCAGCUCCUGCUCUUUAUACAGUAUCACCAGCACAUCGCGCUGCAGCUCCCGCCUCCGUCCGCACACCGCCCAACAACAUCCGGCGCAUCCAGGCGCAUCCAGUCCUCCAGCCAGGUCUGCAGUCUUUUCUCUGGCGCAUUGGUCCUAGUCGAUCCUCAGACCACUACUGCCACUUCAGCUACACUCGAAAACCUUCAUAUCCCCUCCUGAUAUAUACAUAUACCCCUGCGACGACUGAGGACUCCUCGAUGCACCUUUGCGCAAACACUCGGUGACUUUUGUCUACACAGUCUAUUGCGCGCGCAGUACAGCGCGUCGCAUUAGAGAAAAAGGAAGGCUCCCGGCGCGAAGGAGCAACUACAGUAUACCUGACACAUUCAGUUCGUGCACUGCCAUAAGGCGCAUCAACAUCAAUCCAAUGCUUCUCCCAUCCGCCUUUUCCUGCGCCGACAGCAGCAGCGACACUUCGACCUCCUCAUCUCAUUUUCACCUCCAACGACCCAAACUGCAAUCAUUCGGCGAAUACCAACCCAGACAGUCUUCUUCUCAUCAUGCUGUUGCUGCUACUGCUGUUGCGACCCGCAUCAAUCCGCUAUCAUCCAGUUGUCGCGCGUUGCAGGCCAUACUCGGAGUACCACAAUCGACAACCACCCAAAACCUGGAUUCCUCCAGUCUGACACUAUUUGAGCCACCAAGCGACCCGUUCAUGCUACCAGACCACAACCCACAUCCUUCCGGUCCAGUGCGACAGCCGCCGCCAUCUCCUCCCAGAAGAACCGCGGUCAAGCGACGACGUAGCGAGUUCGAACGCGACUACUUUGGGCGUUCCACCCAAGACGAAAACCAAGAUCAAUCAUCAUCCCUAGACAUCCAUAUGGACGAUUACUCUCCUUCUCCACGACAACACCAAAGGACCAGCAGCAGUCCUGCUGCAGUAACGAUGAUGCGCACUCCCAAACGGCGGCGACGGAUCCCGUUGUCUAUGCCAUUAGGUCUAUGCGCGGAUGACUUUCGGGGUCUCGAAACUCCUCCUGAAGAAAUCGAAAUGCCGCCAAACACAAAUGUGAUGAUGACGAUGAAUACAGCCAGCCCUUGCCAUCAUGAUCAAAAUCACCUGGUAUCUACCCACCAAUCCCAGACGACGCUGUGUGGAAGAAGUAUUGGUGGUUAUUCCGAUCGCGACCGUGAUAGAGACCCUGAAAGAGACUCCGACUCAGCAUACGCAUCCGGCUCCGCUUCCUGUUCUGUUUCCAGUUCAUCCGGCUCAUCCGGCUCCGGUUCAUCUCCCUUUGAGGCAAACGAAGAGUCCGAAGAAUGGACCCUCGAAGACGACCGCAUGCUCGUCGAAACGGUUCUCGAGAAACUCAAGCUCACAAAACGCGACUGGAACGACUGUGCGCGCAGAUUGGGCAGGGAUAAAGAUAGUUUGGGAAGGAGGUGGAGUUUGCUUGUUGAUCGGGGGAAUGUUGGACUUAGAAGGGGAUCUGGGAGGAGAUCGAGGACGGACUUGGAUAUUUCGAGCUGGUGAACCUACGGAGCGAAGCGAAGUAGGUGAUAGCGAAAGUAGCUGGGUGUUAUAUAAAUACCUCGAAUAAAUAAACUUGAACAUACCAUACUAGUAGGUACAUAUAUAUAUAUAGUUUACUUACAGUACCACAGGUUCAAUU